AUGGCCACGGUAACGAGAGAUUUGAGCACCCUGUUCCGUCGGCCUGUCCGGUCUGGAGCAGUAUGCUCGAGGUGCCGGCGAACCUUUGCGACGAGUCCUCUCCUGCAAUCAGGCCACAAUAAAUGGUCCAAGAUAAAACAUCAAAAGGGAAGACAGGAUCACAUCAAGACCGUUGAACGAACACAGCACGUCCAAGCAAUAACAUUAUACUCGAGACUAUACGGCCCAGACCCUAACACGAACUCCUCUCUCGCGAAUGCCAUUGCUAUUGCGAAGAAGUCCGCAACCCCAAAGAAUGUGAUCGAGCAAGCAGUGGCAAGGGGCCAAGGUCGCUCUCUGACCGGUCUAGCCCUCGAGAGCAUGAAAUUUGAGGUCAUGAUGCCGCCAUCAGCUGCAUUCAUACUUGAUGUCGAGACAGACAGCAAACUUCGUGUACUGCAAGACCUUGGUGUUAUCAUACGCAAGCACAAAGGUCGGACGACCGCCACCGAUUAUUUCUUUAGCCGGCGUGGACGAGUAGUAUUCGAGCGACACGAGAAGCUUGGGCCGGACGAUAUUUUGGAGGCGGCCAUAGAAUUUGGUGCUGAGGAUCUCGAAGCUGAUGAUGAAGAGAACAUUGUAGUUUGGUGUGAGCCCACACAGACAAUGCAUAUCGCGCAGGGCGUCUCCAAGAAGUUCGGCUUCAGGAUUCUGAGUUCGGAUAUCAUUUGGCAGCCAAAUGAGGAUACGCGGUCGAUUGUCAACUCCACCGAGGAUGUGCAGUUACUGUCAGACUUCGUUGCUGCAGUAUCGGAAAUGCCAGAGGUCCAAGCGAUAUAUUGCAACGCUUCGAGGGGAGAGGAUGUACCGGAAGAGGAUUGGGCUGUCCUGGAGGACAAUUUCGACUCGUAG